GAGCCGCCCCUCGCCGCGCCGCGGAGGAUGCUCGGGCCGUGAGCCCGCAGCCGGCAGCUCCGGCGCCGCGGAGCCAUGGGCAAGGACCAGGAGCUGGUGCAGGCGGUGAAGGCGGAGGACAUCGCGGCCGUGCAGAAGCUGCUGCAGAGGCCCAAACCCGGCAAAGCCAAGCUCCUUGGAUCAGCAAAGAGAGUCAAUGUCAAUUUCCAGGACACCGAUGGGUUCUCUGCCCUGCACCAUGCAGCACUCAAUGGGAACACAGAGCUCAUCUCGCUGCUGCUGGAGGCACAGGCUGCGGUGGACAUCAAGGAUAACAAAGGCAUGCGGCCCUUGCACUAUGCGGCCUGGCAAGGCAAGAAGGAGCCCAUGAAGAUGGUGCUGAAGGCAGGCUCCUCUGUGAACAUCCCAUCAGAUGAGGGACAGAUCCCCCUGCACCUGGCAGCACAGCAUGGGCACUACGACGUGUCUGAAAUGCUCCUGCAGCACCAGUCCAACCCCUGCAUCAUGGACAAUUCAGGCAAGACGCCCCUGGACUUGGCAUGCGAGUUUGGCCGGGUUGGGGUGGUCCAACUGCUCCUGAACAGCAACAUGUGUGCGGCACUGCUGGAGCCUAAGCCAGGGGACACCACCGACCCCAAUGGCACCAGCCCUCUGCACCUUGCGGCCAAGAAUGGACACAUCGACAUCAUCCGGCUCCUCCUGCAAGCUGGCAUUGACAUCAACAGGCAGACUAAGGCGGGCACAGCACUGCACGAGGCAGCCCUGUGUGGCAAGACGGACGUGGUGCGGCUCUUGCUGGAUAGUGGAAUUAAUGCCCACGUCCGGAACACGUACAACCAGACGGCUCUGGAUAUUGUCAACCAGUUCACCACCAGCCAGGCCAGCAAGGAGAUCAAGCAGAUGCUGCGGGAUGCCUCAGCUGCACUGCAGGUGCGGGCUGUCAAGGACUAUUGCAACAACUACGACCUGACCAGCCUCAAUGUGAAAGCUGGAGACGUCAUCACUGUGCUGGAGCAGCAUGCAGACGGGCGCUGGAAGGGCUGCAUCCACGACAAUCGGACCGGCAACGACCGCGUGGGCUACUUCCCCUCCAGCCUCGUGGAAGCCAUAAGCAAGCGAACAGGGUCCCGUGGGGCUGACAUGAGCCCAUCCCACCUUUCACCAUCGCAGGGUGGAUCGGCUGCACCUGCACCCACCGAGGAGAUCUGGGUGCUGCGGAAACCUUUCACAGGUGGCGAUCGCAGCAGCCUGGGUAGCACAGGCAGCGUGGCCUCAGCCCGCAGCUCCGGGAGUGGGCAGAGCACUGGCAGCGGGGCGCAUGCCCUGCAUGCUGGCUCCGAGGGCGUCAAGCUGCUGGCAACGGUCCUUUCCCAGAAGGCUUCUGCGCAAGAUGCUGCCGUGGGCGAUGGGCCGGCCAAGGCGCAGGACAUCCCCGCAGGCUCGUCGCGGUCGCAGAGUGUGGCCAGCUCCCCCUAUGCACCCCAGCCACCUGCCGAGCAGCAGCUGAAGAAGAUGGAGCCACCAUCAGAGGGGAAGAGCUCAGAAGCUGUGUACCAGUGGCUGUGUAAGUUCCAGCUGCAGCUCUAUGCACCCAACUUCAUCAACGCCGGCUACGACAUCACCACCAUCAGCCGGAUGACGCCAGAGGACCUCACGGCCAUUGGUGUCACCAAGCCAGGGCACAGGAAGAAGAUUGCCUCUGAGAUCAAUAACCUCAACAUCCCCGAGUGGCUGCCCGAGUACAAGCCGGCCAACCUGGCGCUGUGGCUCUCCAUGAUUGGCCUGUCCCAGUACUACAAGGUGCUGGUGGAGAACGGCUACGAGAACAUCGACUUCAUCACUGACAUCACCUGGGAGGACCUGCAGGAGAUCGGCAUCACCAAGCUGGGCCACCAGAAGAAGCUGAUGCUCGCAGUGAAGAAGCUGGCAGAGCUGCAGCGGGCUGAGCUGGGCAAGUAUGAGCCAGGCACACUGAAGAGGAAGGCAGCGGCAUGCCCAGAGGUGCUGGCCAUUGAGUCCCCACCACCUGAGCCACCCGAGUGCCAGUCACCCAAGAUGACAACGUUCCAGGACAGCGAGCUGAGCAGUGAGCUGCAGGUGGCCAUGACAGGUGAAGGACCUGAGGAGACGCCCGAGAAACCAGCCAACCCUGCAGCCCCUGGCUACCGAUCACCACCAGCGCUGGGCGGCCGCGCCAGGCAGAUGAGCAGCUCACAGGAGCUGCUGGGUGAUGGCCCCCGUGCCCCCGCCAGCACCGCCAUCUCCAAGAGCCAGGAGUACCUGGCAGAGGGGGCCCCCGAGGGUCCCCCUGUGCCGCCAACCAAGGAGCUCCGCCAGCCACGGCACGGCCACUCUGUCAAGCGUGCCAGUGUUCCGCCAGUGCCCGGCAAACCCCGGCAGGCCUUCCCGCCUACUGCCGGGCACCUGACACCACCACAGACCCCUGGCAAGCCACGUCCACCCUCCCCACAGGGCCCAUCAGCACCCCAUGCUACUGCCAAGGUGAAGCCCACUCCACAGCUGCUGCCACCGGGUGAGCGCCCCGCAUCACCCCGCUCCCUGCCCCAGUCUCCCACGCACCGUGGCUUUGCCUACGUCCUUCCGCAGCCCACCGAUGGUGAGGGGGCCCCUCCAGGGGUGCCGGUCCUGCCCGUCUCAGUGCCGGUGCUGUGCCUGCCACCAGCAGGUGAGGGUGAGGAGGAGCCGGGGAGGCCGAAGAAAAGGGCACACAGCCUGAACCGCUACGCCACCUCCGACAGCGAGCAGGAGCGGGACGAGCUGCUGGUGCCUGACGCGGGGCCUUAUGCUACUGUGCAGCGGCGCGUGGGGCGCAGCCACUCAGUGCGGGCACCUGCUGGUGGUGACAAGAAUGUCAACCGCAGCCAGUCCUUCGCCAUCCGCCCCAAGAAGAAGGGGCCCCCGCCACCACCCCCCAAGCGCUCCAGCUCUGCUAUAUCCAGUGCUGGCAUGGCCGAGGACUUCCCCAAGGAUGGUGAAGGUGAGGUGGCUGCUGGAACCCCUGGCACUGAGGGGGAGAGUCGUCAGGAGCAGCGGCGUGCCAGCGAUCUGGGUGGCAGCGUGGACACGGGCAGCGCCGGCAGCGUGCGCAGCAUUGCAGCCAUGCUGGAGAUGUCCUCCAUCGGUGGUGGGGCGCGGGCGCUGGCCCUGCAGAAACCACCUGGGCCUGGUGUGCCUGGGAAGGGGCCCGAUGGGUACUAUCUGCAGCCAGGAGCUCCCCCGGGAAGCCCUGAGCGUGCCCGUGUGGCCACUGUCCUGGCUACCGUCAAGCACAAGGAGGCCAUUGGGCUGGAUGGGGAGGUUGUGAACCGGCGCCGGACCAUCAGCGGUCCUGUCACCGGGCUGGUGGCGGCCGCACGCCGCGAGCGUGCCGACAGUGUGCGCUCUGAGACAGGCGCUGAUGGCCCCAGCGAGCGUCUGCGGGCUGAGCGUGGUGGCUCUCCAGACACAAUCCCCUUUGCUGAGGAGGGCAACCUCACCAUCAAGCAGCGACCACGUGCCCUGGGACCAGCCCGGGUGGAGGCAGGAGAAGGGCUGUCCCCAGCGCACCGCCAUGGAGACCUGGCCAAGGUGGAGGCCAGUGCCACACUUAAGAGGCGCAUCCGUGCCCGGCAGAGCCAGCAGGACAGCGUCCGCUUCAUCCUCACCGAGUCUGACACUGUCAAGCGCCGGCCCAAGGCCAAGGACAAGGAGCCAGCGCUGGAGCAAGCCCCUCUUGUCGUCUACCAGAAUGGCACCGGCACUGUCAAGCGGCGGCCAGCUUCAGAGCUGAGUGGAGCUGAGACUCCCCCAACCCCACCGCCUGCCACCCGCCCCGAUGGCCCUGACUUCACCCCACCGCCUGCCGAGCCCAAGAAACCCUUCAAGCCACCGGUGUCCCCCAAGCCUGUGCUAACGCAGCCAGCGCAGAAAGUCCCUGGGCCACCAGUGCCUAUCCCCAAAAAGAUGCCCAUCCCAAGCCCAGGCAGCCCAGAGGUGAAGCGGGUCCACGGCACACCACCCCCGGUAUCCCCCAAGCCCACACCACCCCCCACGGCCCCCAAGCCCCCCAAGCCCCAUGCCGCCAUCCAGUCGGUGAGCGCAGGCUCCACGCCAACUCCGUCCCCCGCCCGGCAGCUGGGUGCUACUGCCAAGCCCUCCAGCACACCGCCCUCACUCUGCUCCAGCCCUGCCAAGCCCCUCUCACCCGGCGCUCAGCCCCAGCAGGUGCCAGUGAAACCGCCGCGUUCCGCUAUCGCUGGACCCUCUGUUGACAGUGCCAGCCCUGAGCUGGUGCAGCAAAAGCUGGAGGAGACCAGCGCAUCCCUGGCUGCUGCGCUGCAGGCAGUGGAGGAGAAGAUCAAGCAGGAGGACAGCCAGGCAACAGACUCCACUGCAGAGGCAAAGAGCACAGGCAGCAUCCUGGAUGACAUCGGCAGCAUGUUUGAUGACCUGGCCGACCAGCUGGAUGCCAUGCUGGAGUGAGGGGCGCGACGGCCCCGCGAACCUCAGGGCUUACGUGGGCACAAGGGCACAAUGAUCCGCGACCUCCCGGCCCCACCAUCCCCUUUGUACAGCCGUCCCCUCCUGGACCUCCCAUCCCUCGGGGUUUGCACAAAGAAGAAGAUACCUCAGGAUUGUGCUCACGGACUCGGCGCCCGCCCGCCACGGCUCCGGCAGGACUCCCUUCUGCAGAAGCAAAAAAAUACAAUAGAAGAAGCAAAGCAACACCACCCGGCCUGAAGCGCCCUGCUCGCACCAGAUCCGGGUUUGGGGUUUUCUCUCCCUACCCGCGGUGGCCCCGUGGUUGCCCUGCCGGCCCCGGUCCCCGAAUGUAGCACAACCCCAGUGCGGCACUGCUGGCAUUCAUCCACCCGUGCCCUCUUGUUCUGGUGGCGAGUCCGGGUGGGCGAUGCACUUAGGUUUCUUUAAUUUUUCUUUUCAUUUUCUCUUUUUGUCAUUUUUUUCCUUUGUCGUUUGCGAGCAUUGGGGUGGGCACGGUGCUGGGUACCCCCACAGCACCCGGAUCCCUGCACCCGCUGCUCUCCAGCCCCGCGCUGCUGCUGUGGGCUCUUCACGUCGGGGUGGGAGAGGGGCUUUUUGUCGGUACCGUUGCAAAUGGAUGAGCUCCUGCUUGGGGCAGGUGGGGAGCAGCAGGUUGUGCCCCUGCCCAGCCCCUCGCCGCCGGGGGAGAGGACGUCAUAAGCUAUAACGAAGUAUUAAUUUAUUGGAGGGGAAAAACGACUGAGAGAUAUAAAGCAGUAUUUCCCCCAUCUCCCAAAUAAUAAUAAUAAUAAAAAAAAAAAGAAUAAA